UCAUUCAUCGCCAUCGGCAGAACGCCUGCAACGACAGCGCGGUUCUGCGACUACGGAAACAGGCGAGAGCAGGGGAAAUCGCAAGGGAAUUGCCAAUUGGCGGCACGGCUGCUGCACGGGCGCGGGUAACCGAAGCCAAACCACCAACCGUCUCGAACUCACGUGGCGCGCGCCCUGCUGCCUCCGCGCCAUCGCGCCCCUCCCCCACGUGCCGUUCACAUAAACAGAUCUCCUCGAGACGCGCGCCCGCCGCGAUGAGCCGAGAGGAAAAUCGCCCAAACCGCGCAAAAAACCUCCAAAUCCGACGGCCACGGCCCACACUUCCGCGCACGCGCACCGCGUCCAGGCCCCGCUCCCCCUUCGGCUCAGCCGCGCGCGUCAGCCGCUCAAAUUUCAAACCGCGGAAAGGGAGAGAGAGACCCUCACGGCGGCUCACGCUUCCCACGCCCUGCGACUGCGAGCCACGCCGAGCCGAUCUCCCCAAGCGAAACGGCCGGAGCCGCACGGGAGCGGAGCGAGAAAAUUUUGAAACGCGGGCGAGGCCGCCACCGCCGCGCCAAAUCGAGCCCUCCAGAUCCCAUUCGACGGCCGCCGCGGCCCGCGCCUCCCCCGUCGUCUCCUCCCCCCUCCCGCUCCCCGCACAGAUCCGUCCCUAUAAUACUUCCAGGAAUUCCCUUCUCCCGUCCCCGAGACCCGCACCACGCGAGCCCAUAUCCUGCGGAAUCCUCUCGUCGCGGGCACCUCACGCGGAUCGGCGGCGGCGGCUAUGUUGAUGGCGAUGGCGGCGUCCUCCUCUUCCGUCGCCGAGGUGGCCGUGGCCGCUGCUGCAGCGGCGGCGAUGGAGUCCGCUCUGCCACAGCACCAGCAGCAGGAGGCGCGGCCGCGGCCGAUGCUCGCGGGGGGCGGGGCCGCCAAGAGCCGCCACCACGCUUACAGCCGCAAGGAGAAGUCGCUCGGCCUCCUCUGCUCCAACUUCAUGGUUCUGUACGACCGCGACGACGUGGAGUCCAUCGGGCUGGACGAAGCGGCCAAGAGCCUCGGCGUGGAGAGGCGCCGGAUCUACGACAUUGUCAACGUGCUCGAGAGCGUCGGGAUUCUUGUGAGGAAGGCCAAGAAUCGCUACACCUGGAUAGGUUUCGAUGGAGUCCCAAUGGCUUUGCGAGAACUCAAGGAGAGGGCGUUAAGAGAGAAGUCUGGCUUGGCUCCUCUGCAAACUGAGCAGCAAUCUGCUUCCACUAUGUCUGACGACGAAGACGAUGAUAAGUUGGGCAAUCCGGAUGGUGAUAUCGAGAACGAGAAACUGAGUCAGACUAUGGACAAUCCUUCUGAUAAACCUGGUGCACCCCGUUGCCGGCUUAGAUCUGAUCAUAGGAAAGAGAAGUCACUUGGGUUGCUCACACAGAAUUUCGUGAAGCUCUUCCUCACCAUGGAGGUUGACACGAUUUCACUUGAUGAGGCUGCAAAGCUGCUCCUUGGAGAAGGCCAUGAGGAGACCAAUAUGAGAACUAAAGUUCGGAGGCUAUAUGACAUUGCCAAUGUGUUGUCUUCAUUGAAUCUGAUUGAGAAGAUACAGCAAGGGGACACGAGAAAGCCUGCAUUCCGUUGGUUGGGUAGGGCCGCGAAACCAAGCACAGAAAAUAGUGUCACAGUUGCUGUACCCCCACCAGGGAAGAGCGUAUCUAACAAAAGAGCAUUUGGGACUGAUAUCACUAACACUGACAUGCUUAGAAGCAAUUUACAUUCAAAAAUCCAGAAGAAAGCAAAACUGGGAGAGAGGGGUGACAUCUUAAAGAACUGCAAAGUAGCUGUGCAGAGUCGGCUUGGGCAGGGUAAAAACAAUGGUUUUGUUUAUGGUCCUUUCCACCCUGCUGGUGCAAGGAAACAUGAACUUGAUGGUGGCAAUAAACCUGGGCAAAGGGAGAGAGCUGAGGACUGGGAGAGCCUUUCUGUUUCAUUUCGACCACAGUACCAGAACCAAGGUGUGUUCACUUUAAUCUUGUUCCAUUCCUUAGACAAGUUAUUUUUUUUGGCUUCUUAAGUAUAGAAUCUUGUUUCCAUCUAGUUCAUUUGUUUAGUCUAGAAGUAUAUGAGUAGUAG